CCAUAUUUAUUGAAGAAAGAGGUAGAAAAAAAUAAGACUCCAAGUCUUAUUUAGACUCAAGUCCAUAUUGUUCGAGAUAAUAAAUGAUUUUAGACUCUAUGAUAGAGUCUGCAUUGUGAGUGCCUAACUCUUCCCAUCUCUUCUCUUCUCGUUUCGCCCAACCGAACAGUCGGCAGCUGCUGCUUUGCAGUUGUAGCCCACUGCCAGCCCGCUUUCUUUCAAACCUUUUUUUUUUCACCCAUGACAACAUAGUACAGGCACAAGCACAUCCACAGGGGAGGCCUUCCGCUCCUCGGUCGUCGUCUAUCCUUCCGUUCCACCCGGAAUCCGAACACCACCACCCACGCCAUGACGACGAGCGCCGACGCCGACGCCGACCCGACCGUCGUCUUGGUUCCAAUCUGGGGCGUCGGCCACUUCGUCCCGAUGAUCGAGGCCGGCAAGCGUCUGCUGGCACGCAGCACCCGCCGGCUCACGCUCACCGUGCUCAUCAUGCCGGCGCCGUCGGAGAAGCGCGCGUCCGAGAUCGCCGACCACAUCCGCGAGGUGGAGGCGGAGUCCGCUGCCCUCGGUCUCGCCAUCCGCUUCCACCACCUCCCGGCGGCAGCCGAGCCUCCGCCGGCCGUGGCCACCACCUACUACUCGGGCCCCGAGGAGUUCAUCUCCCUCAACGUGCACCCGUACGUGCCCCACGUGACGGCGGCCGUCGCCGGCCUGACGUGCCCCGUGGCCGCCGUCGUGGUCGACAUCUUCUGCACGCCGCUGCUCGACGCGGCGCACGGACUCGCCGUGCCCGCCUACGUGUACCUCAUCUGCAGCGCGGCCAUGUGCGCGCUCCUGCUCCACUCCCCUGCGCUCGAUGACGAGGCCGCCGCAGCCGGCGACGUCGAGUUCGAGGAGAUGGACGGCGGCGUAGUCCACGUCCCUGGCCUCCCGCCGGUGCCGGCGUCAUGCCUCCCGUCGGGACUGGUCGACAGGAACGUCCCGACCUACCGCUGGUUCCUGUACAACGGCCGGCGCUACACGGAAGCCGCCGGCAUCAUCGUCAACACCGUCGCCGAGCUCGAGCCACACGUUCUGGCCGCCAUCGCCGACGGGCGGUGCUGCACGCGCGGGAACCGCGCCCCGACGGUGUACACCAUCGGGCCAGUCCUCGCCGCGACCAUUACUACUACUCCGCCGCCGGCCGACGCGGAGAAGCAGCAGGAGGAGGAACACGAGUGCGUGCGGUGGCUCGACACGCAGCCGCCGGCGUCCGUGCUGUUCCUCUGCUUCGGAAGCGCGCGGUUCUUCAGCGCGCGGCAGGCGCACGAGGCCGCGCACGCCCUGGACCGCAGCGGCCACCGCUUCCUGUGGGUGCUGCGCGGGCCGCCGGAGCACGGGACGAAGCUGUCCUCGGACGGGGACCUGGCCGAGCUGCUCCCGCCGGGGUUCUUGGAGAGGACGAAAGGCAGGGGGCUCGUGUGGCCGAAGUGGGCGCCGCAGAAGGAGAUCCUGGCGCACGCCGCCGUCGGAGGCUUCGUCACGCACUGCGGCUGGAACUCGGUGCUCGAGAGCCUGUGGUUCGGCGUGCCCAUGCUGCCGUGGCCGUGGGCCGCCGAGCAGCACUACAACGCCUUCACGCUGGUGGCCGGCAUGGGGGUCGCCGUCGCCAUGGAGGUGUGUCGGAAGGAGGACAACUUCGUGGAGGCUGCCGAGCUGGAGCGGGCAGUCCGAGCUCUCAUGGGAGGCGCCGAGGGGACGGCGGCGAGGGAGAAGGCGAGGGAGAUGAAGGCGGCUUGCCGGAGGGCCGUCGAGGAGGGCGGGUCGUCGGAUGCGUCCUUGAAGAGACUCUGUGAUGCACUCCAUCAAGGUGCAGUGCUCCCUGCAAGAAAGUUUCCUCAGGAUACAUGAUAAUAGCUGGAAUAAUGUGACUGAUGAGGUGUGUUCCUGUUUCAGUUGUGUGCAUGUGUGUGUUUUCAGCCCAACUCAAUAAUCGAGGAUUUGUUGAUGUUGUAAGAACAUUCUGUUCGAAAUAAAUUAUAAUAUGUUCAGCAUUUUAGAGAAGAA